AUGUUCAACAUCAUUCGUUUCCGUCGGAAAACUUCGAUCCCCCUGGACAAAGAACUUGGUACUUGUAGUUCGGAAUUCUCCCAUGUUUUAGUUCAAGAUCUUAAUGAUUUAUCAUUGAAUAAUAAUACUAAUAACAAUGAUGUUGCAAUGGAGUUUGAUGAUUUUGAGGUUUUGAAGCUUGUCGGAGUAGGCGGAUUCGGGAGAGUAUAUCAAGUUCGUAAAAUCGACACGUCGGAGAUUUUCGCCAUAAAAGUCACUCGGAAAAAUAAGGCGGCAAUCGUCAGAGCUGAAGAAGAGUAUGAAAUCUUAUCAAAACUUGAAAACCAGCACCCUUUCAUCAUUCAUCUAAGCUGCUCUUACAAAACCCAACAAGGUUUUUACUUGGUGGUUGAUUUUGUUAAUGGAGGCAACCUUUAUUACCAUAUCGGAACACAAGGGCGGUUUCCAGAGGAUCUCGCGCGAUUUUACGCGGCUGAGGUGGCGUCCGCACUGUCACAUCUCCACGGUAACGGAAUCAUCCACGGCGACAUUAAGUCCGAGAACGUGUUAUUAGACUCCAAAGGACACGUGGUAUUGAUCGAUUUUGGGUUCGCGAAUAAGAGCCCUAGUUCAUCCACAUCGUUCCCUGGGACUAUAGAUAUGGCGGCGCCCGAAAUUAUACGUAAAAUAAGUCAUGACAAAACUGCUGAUUGGUGGAGUUUCGGGAUCUUGUUAUACGAGAUGUUAGUAGGGAAAUUACCGUUUGAAGGGAGGGACCGGCGCGAAGUUCGAGAAAAGAUCGUGAACGGGACAAUUAGAUUUCCUAGGUAUUUGACGAGCGAUGCCAUAUCAUUGUUGACAGGGCUUUUGACAAGGGAUGUAGAGUUGAGGUUAGGGAGGAAAGGCGGUGAAGAAGUGAAGAAGCACAAAUGGUUUAGUUUUAUUGAUUGGGAGAAGUUAGAAGCUAAGGAGAUUAGACCAAGUUUUGUACCAAAAGGUGAUGGAAAAUUAUGCACCACCAAUUUUGAGGAGUGUUUUACUCGGAUUCCUGUUGAAGAAUCUCUAGUUAGCACCCAUAAGUCUGAAGCUGCAGUGAGCUAG